AUGAACGACUCGGACCAGGACUUUGUUGACCUCUGCUCAAAGCUGUUAAAACGUUCCCGCAAGAAAGGAGUCGAGACAAAACAAAAACGGUCUGACCAGGCAUCAAGUCAGGCCAAGGAUGGAGACCAUGAAAGAUACGAGACUGUCUCUGAGCAUCAUCGUGUCACUGCGCAAUCACAAACUGGUCAUGCACAUCAGGUCAUGGGGAUUACGGUCAAGGGUGAGCAUCAUCCACGAGUUGUACUAGCUCCAGAACAGACAACUGAAAAUGCAUGUGGAGCUAAAGAAAAAUUGAUCAUACGGAUGCAAGAGUUUAAGAGAGUCUGUCCUAAGAUGGUUAACAACAUGGAGCAUGGCAAGGAUUCCUCUCCUUCAGAGUCAGAAAUAGUCCAACCGUCCACUUCCGAUGGCCGUAUGUGUCCUCAGGACAGUGAUGAGGCUCUGGCCAUAUGCCUGCAGCAGCAACUUGACCGCGAGGCGGCAGAGGUCCACACAACUGGCUUGGCAGCCGAGAGCCUCUUUUUCUGCCACAUCUGUCACAGAGACUUAUCUCACAUGACACCUGAGGGGCGCACGCAGCACAUCAACAGGUGUUUGGAUGGUAGUGAGCAUCAAAUGGCUGCUCCCCCGGUACCCCAUCUUCUUCUGGGUGUCCCCGACUGUCCAAUCUGUGGCAAGAAAUUCAAGUCGCACAAGAGUCGCUCUACCCAUUUGAAGCGCUGCUCGACGGCAAUGGGCGUCAGUCCUGCCGUCCUGCUGCAGGCUCUCCAGAGGCAGGCUGAGGAAACACAGCUUGCUGCUGCCAACACUGUCUCACAGCCCGGAGGCACUAAAAGGAAAGGUGUCACUCAGGCAGGCCCGGCAGGGAGAAAGAAGCCACGGAAAAAGACCGAUAUCCUGGAUGAAGACACCAUGAUGGCUCUGGCGCUGUCAUCCUCUCUGUUAGAACAGGAGCGGGAGCAACUGAAUGCGGCAAAAGCACAGACGACUGCCGCUGAUUCCUCUAUGACAUCUGUGUUGAAGUGGAGGCCAGAUGCCGGUAAAGGAUGCACUAAAAAGAAAAAGGGCACCGUCCCACGUCCUCCUCCAAUCCUCCUCAUUCAAGAUCCUGAUGCGGCCCUGACUAGACUGCAGGAACGGGUCUCUAAUCUACUCCUACGCACUAGAGCUCCAUCACCACCUACGCCGACCCGCUGUCCAAGCACCGUGUCUGCCUUGAGCGGUGCCACCCCCCUCUGGCAAAAAAGUGCUCUGCUCACUGGAAAUAGUUGUGUAUUAGACUUCUUCGUCCCGGAGCUUAGAGACUUCAUCACGCCUUGGGAAGCAGCACAAGUAAGGAGAUGUAGACCUCUCUGCACUUUAUCCCAACCCAAUGCCAAAGCUUGCAUCACGCCCUCCUCGACUCCCUCCACUCCGGCCGCCGGGCAGCUUCCUGCUAACAGUCAGGCACUGCAAGACCUUGUGGAUUUGUCUGACAAUGAGAUUGCUACGGACCAAGGCGAACACAUUGCUCCUGACACUGGCCAAGACCAAAACGCCAGUUUUUCCGCAAACUUCCAAAUGAGUGGCUUCUUUCUCGAAGAGAUCGCUGAUGUCCAUGUGGCGCUAUCGAACUUGGCAUCAAACCUUAGCAGCAUGGUGAACAACCCUCAACUCAGUGACUGGCAACUGCAAGUUGACAGUGGCGAAGUCUUCUUUGCUCAUUCCUUCAUGAUAUAUGCACGCUGCCCUCUUCUGGCUGAAAUGAUGCACGAAAGUGGUUUCGGGGUGCAUGAGGAAGGGAUGCCCGCAGCUCACAGGGUGUUGAUCAGCGACGUCCCAGGUCAGGCGGUGUUGAUUCUGUUGGAGUACCUGUAUUCUGCUAGCGUUUCCCUCCCAGCGUCAUUGCAGCCUCAUGUGCUGGAGUUGGCAUCCAGGUUCGAUUUACAGGAAUUGCGGCAGCUAUGUGAACUUCAUACUGAAGACCCAUCUGCUCAAAAUGACGAUGGAGCCGCUAUGAGCCCGACGGAGCGUCUCAACAAGACAGACAUGGCCUUAACAGCACUCUUCAAGUCCAUGUGGAGCCACGAAGACGACGCGGAUCAAGAAGGGAAUGACGAGAACGGUCUGGAAAAAGCUGCUGACGAAACAUCCUGUGACAGGGAGCUCCCCGAGGAGCAGGUGAAUGAGGAAGAGCUGGAUGAGAUUUACGAAUUUGCUGCCACGCAGAGAAAGAGAGAUGAGGAGACGGUGAUGGUUGAAGAAAGCGAGGGAGAUGAUGGAGAGCUGACUGAGCCAAGAGAGACUCCAGAAAGGUUUUGUGACAAAAUCCUAGAGCCUGAAUCCGACAAAUUUCUGGACCGCAACCUGGAGAACAGCUGUAAUCGCAUCUUCUCAGAUUCUGACGGGGUCUACAAAAAAGAUUCCUCUUCCUCGACUCCACCAAGAGCACACAUACCUACAACCCCUAUUUCAACAUUGUCUGGGAGAAAUUUGCUUCACUCCUCAGCAAGUAUUGGCAGCGGCAGUUCCCCCAAUACAUCCAACUUGCCUGUCCCUGGUGUGUCCCCAGACAGGGAUAGGAACUGUUGCACCAUUGGAGUCAAGGAAGUAGUUAGAGAACAAGAACCUUUGGAACAUUGUACGCCUCCAAAGUGUCAAAGUCAAGUUUCUGGUGGUAUUCAUGUCCUGCUCCCUCCUAAUUCACGCCACAAAAAUGAGCCAGAACUGAUAGUUUUGUCAGGAUCAAGUGAGGAAAUGGAGGUAUUCAAUGCUGAACCCUGUUCCCAGAGUCCUAUUCUCACUCAUUCCCAUGCAGGACAGAGCUUCACUCACUUAAAAUCGAGAGAGCCCUCUGUGGAGAUGGAACAGACCAGAAAUCUGGAAUGUAAUAUCACUGAUAUAAGUCCAUCUCCCAAACAACUUAGUCCAGCUGAUUGUUCUCCUGAGCUCUCUUGGUUAAUUCCCUCCACACCAAUCAGCCCCAGUCCCAUCAAAACAAGCAUGGAAAGUUCCUCUCAAACUAAAAUCAGCUCAUUUAGGACAAAGCUGUUCCCAGAAGAGAAUGAACUGGACAGUGCAGAAGUGGACUUAGUGUUUGCGGAACCGAAGCCAAAGACACAUCUCCAGCUACACGUUGACCCUUAUAGCAGCACUCCCACGCAUUUUGAUGUUGUCCAUAACCACGUCCGACCUAACACCUCUUUCCUCGACACAGAGCCUGACAAGCAAAAGUCAUUCAGUCCAGAACAUAAAAGCCCGGAAAGGAUGCAAUUUGAGAGUUUUCAUCUUUCCCCACUCUCUGACCCUUCAGCUCGACAUUCUUCUACUUCUCACCGAAGUCUUCCUAGUUCAGAGAGAGUUAGCAAGUACUCCAGUCUGAGUCCUGCUCGCUCCAGAAGUCACGAUAGCACAGGAGUCAAGACCAAGCCAAUUCCAGAGUUGGAUGAUGACAAGGAAGUAGGUGGAAGAGAAAAAACAGCAUCGCCACAUGCGAGUUUUGAGCAGAGCUUGCUAAUCAUGGACGACCCGCCGAUAGCUUUCAACGACUCGUGGGGUCUCGACGCCUGUGAUGACAUUGCAGGGAAUCCGGGAUGCUUUAGUCCGAGGCUAGAGGAAAGCAGUCAAUACCAAGAACCUAAAAACCUUAUUUCACAGCCAUCUACGAGUAAAAACUGCCGGAUCUCGCCUUCAACCCCUGAUAAGAUCACCGAUACGCCACCAGAUUUAAGUGACAGUCUCCUGGUUGCGAAUAUGCAGGACUACUCAGGGGAAGAAGAAGAAAUUCUUCCUCUUUCACAAAGGCUAAACCUAAAAACUCCACCUUCUUCCCGCAUUAAAAGCCGUCACACUUUAGUACCAAUAACUCCAAUGCCUCACUUCUCUGAUAUGGACACACCGGAACUCAAAAACAAACUGAACAGUUUUGGUGUUCGGGCGUUACCGAAGCGCCAGAUGAUCCUCAAGUUGAAGGAGAUCCAUCAGUACACCCACCAGCUCGUCAACUCUGACUCUGAUGAAGAGGCACUUCCUGUGGGGAAUGGAGCCCAGACAAAAGCCCCUCCCUGCAAGUCUUUGGCUGCUGAACAGGAAGCCAAUUUCAAGGAGCCCAGGGUGCCAGCUUCCCUCACUCUGGCAAAACACACCCGAGAGGAUGAGGGCAUGGAGCCACUAUCAAACUCUCAAGACUCAAAUUCCUCUUCCGUCUCUUCACUUGAUGAAUCCGAAAGGCAUAACCCAGAGCUGUGCCCGUCCUCUGGCGGAGAAUCGGACAGCGAUGGCGGGAUCUCUGCUUCCCAAGCGGCCACGCGCCUUCAAGAUCGCCUGCAGGCCGUGCGCACGUUUAUCUUGUCCGACUCGAGUCUGUACACUCAGAUUCUUCAGUACCAGCCUCUGGUUCUGUCUAAACUCCAAGAGCGCUUAAAAGCGGCAGGCAUCCGCCUCGGCGCCGCCAAGUUGGUGAGCUUUCUGGACUCGCAGUGCAUCACCUUCACCACGGCGAAACCGGGACAGCCCGCACACACUCGCAGACGUGUCAAGAAAAAAGGAACGAUAAAAGCUGCAAGGAAAUGA